AUGGAGGGGGUUGAAAGUAGCAGCAAUAAUGGUCCAAUAGCAUCAGUUGAACCAAUUGAACAGGUCUUCGAUGAUUUUGAACUUAAUAUACUGAAAGCAUGGAUGUGUACUGUUUCGGUGAACAUGUCUAUGCAUACGAGAGAACCUAUUAGGGACAGUAAAUUGUCAGGGCCUGAAUGGAUAAGAGAGAUUCUUUUUGGACAUUCAGAUAGGAUAUAUGAAACUUUUCGAAUGGAGAGGCAUGUUUUUCUCAACCUUUGUGAUUUAAUGAAGGCGAGGGGUUGGUUGGCAGAUAGUCGAUAUAUUAGGGUAGACGAACAAGUUGGGAUAUUUUUAUCUAUGAUUUCUCACAAGAACUCGAAUAGAGAUUUAUGUGAGAGAUUCCAACAUUCGGGACAAACUAUCAGCAAGUACUUUGCUAAAGUGUUGCAAGCAGUUCUGAAUUUGGCAAGAGAAAUUAUCGUACCACCUUCAUUUGAUGUUGUCCCAGAAGAAAUUCUUAUCAAUCCUAAAUAUAAUCCUUACUUCAAGGGCGCUAUUGAUGGCACUCACAUUCAUGCUUCAUCAAGCUCUGCCAACGAUUGUCGGGUGCUCUCGGCAGCACUCGAGACACAUCGCUUACAAUUUCCUCGACCUCCACCAGGCAAAUACUACGUGGUAGAUUUUGGUUAUGCUGCAACUCCGGGAUUUUUGACUCCUUUCAAAGGGGAACGGUAUCAUAUUAAUGAUUUUAGGGGUAGAGUGAGGCAGGCAACAACAGCAAGAGAAUUAUUCAACCAUAGGCAUUCUUCACUAAGGAAUGUUAUUGAGAGAUCAUUUGCGGUGUUAAAGAAUCGCUUUUUCAUUUUGAGACACAUGCCUUCAUUUUCAAUUCAAAAGCAGUCAUGUAUUGUAAUUGCAUGUUGUGCUAUUCAUAAUUACAUCCGUGAUCAAGACAAGAUGGAUAAGAACUUUUCUCAAUAUGGUGAUUCAGAGUAUCCGUUUGGAAAUGCACAAGAUGAGGUUAUUGACGAUACAUCGACUGAGGAGGAUAUCGAGAUCAACAUGCUUAAGAAAAGAAUUGCCAAUCAAUUGGCAAUUGAUAAUAAUAUGGCGGAGAUUCCAUGA